UCUGUGAUCGAGCACAUGUCACUGCUUUCAUGCAAUCAAGUUUUUUCUGGGGAAUGCUGUUUGGUUCUAUUGCAGGAGGAUGGGUUKCUGAUAGAUUUGGAAGAAAGAAAUGUAUCUUUGUCAAUCUCUUUCUGACGGCUUGUUUUUCUCUCUGCUGUGCCUUUGUCAAUUCACCAAUUGCUAUUAGCAUUCUUCGGUUUUGUGUUGGGUUUGUCCAGAUUUCUCUCAUGGUGUCACAAUAUGCAUUUUCCAUCGAAAUUGUUGGACCCAAAAAAAGAACAUUUGCUGGAAUAGCCACGACACUGAUGUGGAAAGUCGGAGGAGCAUUGAAUACAGUAAUUGUAUACCUCUUCCCUUACUGGCGACACACCAUCAUUGCUGGUUCGAUACCUGGAUUCAUCUUCCUGCCAUUCUAUCUGAUUUUCCCAGAAUCACCGCGUUGGCUUGUAGCUCAAGGUCGAUUGGAUGAGGCUCAAACCAUCCUCGAAAGGUUUGGAGGCAAAAAUAACAAACCUGUAGACAAACAGCAACUGAGAUUAACGUUAGAGAGAGCUAGGGACGCUCAGCUUGCAAAACAGAAAGUCCAUCAAAAGUUCCAUAUCCACGAUUUAUUCAAAWCACCAAGACUUCGACGCUUUAGUCUGGUUGCUUGCUACAAUUGGUUUGUGGUGUCUUUKUUGUUUUUCGCUAUGUUGUUUUUUGUGCCAAGGCUCUACGGCGAUAUUUUCAUUAACUUUGCAAUAAUGAGCGUUGCUGAUAUUCCCUCAAUCACUUUCAUGUGGAUUUUUGCCGCUCGUUUCGGGCGUCGUAUAACUUUCACUGGUUUUAUGUUCCUGGCUGCAGUCGCCCUCAUUACAUUACCUWUCAUUCCUAAAGACGUGCCUCAAGUGAAAACAGCACUUGCAAUAUUAGGCAAAGCUGUGAUGGGCUGUCAGUUUACCCUCAUAUACAUGUGGACGUCAGAGCUGUUUCCAACCGUUGUCAGGAACCUAUCAAUUGGUGUCGGAUCGAUGACAGCUCGCUUUGGAGCCAUCUUAGCUCCAUUCUUUGUUAUGAUGGCGCAACUACCCGGUCUUUCCCUAAUCGUGCCAUUCUGUAUAUUUGGGGUUUUGGGUAUUUCAGCGGCGUUUUUAACGUURCUUUUACCAGAAACGUUAUAUGCUAACAUGGARCAGACMAUUGAAGCAACAGAAGAGGCUCAGUUAGACUAUAGCGUGCCUUGUUGUGGAAAGAAAGAAAAUAAAAGAGAGGAAGUGCUUAAGCUCUGGGUAGAAGAAAAAGAGGACGAUGAAGUCAAUGAGACACGUUGGUCRACGAAGUUCGAUGCUCAACRGUUCAUCAGUUUAUCAAAGUUUUAUAGUGAUCAGCUCAGCCGAUUGGUGGCACUGCAUUCAAUCAUCCUGAUCAUGGAAAAACAAGACAAAAAUAACAGAGAGGUUACUUUCGACGAUGUUUUCAGCCAAAUCAAGUCGUUUGGUCGAUAUCAACACUGCGCAUAUUGGUUCGUCGCUGCAAUGAAAAUCCCAAUGGCAGURCAAUUUGGCUUCCUGGUUUUUACAUUUGGAACUCAAAAGUUCAAGUGCGACUCAUCGAAUGUGACAUGUCCUAUAAACAAAUGUUGCCACAACUGUACGUCAUAUUCAUUUGAUCAGAAAUAUAUCAGUGCUGUGUCAGAGUGGAGUCUUAUCUGUGAUCGAGCACAUGUCACUGCUUUCAUGCAAUCAAGUUUUUUCUGGGGAAUGCUGUUUGGUUCUAUUGCAGGAGGAUGGGUUUCUGAUAGAUUUGGAAGAAAGAAAUGUAUCUUUGGCAAUCUCUUUCUGACGGCUUGUUUUUCUCUCUGCUGUGCCUUUGUCAAUUCACCAAUUGCUAUUAGCAUUCUUCGGUUUUGUGUUGGGUUUGUCCAAAGUUCUCUCAUGGUGUCACAAUAUGCAUUUUCCAUCGAAGUUGUUGGACCCAAAAAAAGAACAUUCGCUGGAAUAGCCACGACACUAAUCUGGAAAGUCGGAGGAGCAAUGAAUGUAUCCCUUGCAUACUUCUUUCCUUACUGGCGACACCAUAUCAUUGCAGGUUCUAUUCCUGGAUUCCUCUUCUUGCCAUUUUACCUGAUUUUCCCAGAAUCACCGCGUUGGCUUGUAGCUCAAGGUCGAUUGGAUGAGGCUCAAAUCAUUCUCGAAAAGUUUGGUGGCAAAAAUAACAAACCCGUAGAUAAGCAACAACUGAGAUCCACGUUAGAUAAAGUCAGAGACGCUCAGCUUGCAAAUCAAAACGUUCGUCAAAAGUUCCAUAUGCACGAUUUAUGCAAGACACCGAGACUUCGGCGCUUUAGUCUAGUUGCAUGCUACAAUUGGUUUGUCGUGGCUUUGCUGUUUUUCGCUAUGUUCUUGUUUGUGACGAGGCUCUACGGGAAUAUUUUCAUUAAUGUACUGUUGAUAAGCGUUUUUGAUAUUCCCUUAAUUGCUUUGACGUGGAUCUUUGCUGCUCGUUUUGGGCGUCGUAUUUCCUUUACUGGCUUCAUGUUCGUGGCUUCAAUUGCUCUUCUCAUACUGCCAUUUAUUCCCCAAGACGUACCUCAAGUGAGAACGGCACUUGCAAUCAUAGGGAAAUCAGUAAUGGCAUGUGAGUUUACCCUCAUCUAUAUGCGGACAUCAGAGCUGUUUCCAACCGUUGUCAGGAACCUAUCAAUAGGUGUCGGAUCGAUGACAGCUCGCUUUGGCGCCAUUUUAGCUCCAUUCUUUGUUAUGAUGGCUCAACUGCCCGGAGUAUCCAUGAUCGUACCAUUCUGUAUAUUUGGAGUUUUGGGUAUUUCUUCAGCAUUAUUGGCGUUGCUUUUACCAGAAACGUUAUAUGCUAACAUGGAACAGACCAUUGAAGCAGCCGAAGAGGCUCAGUUAGACUAUAGCGUGCCUUGUUGUGGAAAGAGUAAGGGCAGUCAAAAAGAGGAAGUGAAGCUUUGCGAGCAAGAAGAAAAACAGGACGAUGAAGUCAACACAACACUUAUUUGAAUUAUUAAGUGUGAUAGUUCAGGGAAUUAUGGGAUGCACACGCUCAGGGGACCUCUUAGUUUGCAUCAGAACUUGUCAUUUCGAAAAAAAAACUGUCUGUGUAUUUGGAAUUUUCRAUUUCAUACUAUUGAUCUUUUAUAUAGUCUUUCAGUGAUGAACUCAAGAUUACGUUUAGUAAAUUUGUAAUGCAAACGAUUUAGAGUAGAAUUAUUUUUUAUAUAUCAUUGCCACCAUCAUUAUUGACACUAUUUGUUCCUUCAUAUAAUUGAUGACUGUAAGUUUGCAUGAAGAUGUGUGGCGCUCCAUAACGCAUUUACAAUUCACCUGUGACUCCGUAUUGAUGGCCGAUUUGCUGAUGGAGCCUUUGCGAAAGUACCAUCAAUCUGUCAAUGACCUUGCGACUAGCUUACUUGUUURGUGUAGUGGUUUUCAUUGAAGACGAUCCUCAACGUGCUGAUUUAAUGCAGAUCUUGUGAAAAGAUUUUGCAGGAGGAGAAGACCAAGUCUGAUCUGUUCUUCUAAAUAACUGUUCUUAUACGAAUUUUUUCCUGAUUUAGAACUAGAAUUUUGAAUUGGAAUAAACUCUCCUUUAUAGUUAA